GACUGGUGGCAGUCGUCUCAUGUGCCACACAUGUUUCCUCUAUAACCGCAUAAAUUCUGGACGCACUUCUAAGAUUAUUUUUCUGAGCGCAAUCAGUUUGUGUUUCUGGAGAGUCAAGGCGCAUAGAGAUAAUUUCAGUCUGCGUAGGAACAGGGCAUCCACCGGAAGAACACAACAGACAAACUGCAUUUGGGAUUCGGAAGCUGUAAACUAGCUAGAGUUCCUCUAAAGGUUGCAACAUCGGAAAAUGGCGAUCCAAAUUAAGCUGAUUGUGCUCUCCCUGGUGUGCCUCUGCUACGGCCAAGCAGCCAAGAUUCUUGUGCUCUUCCCACAUGCCAGCGAGAGUCAUUUUGCGGUGAUGCGCACUCUGGUCACGGAGCUGGCCAGCCGGGAGCACAAUGUUACGGUAUACACGGGACACGGUCUGGGAGAGCACUUGGAGAACGUGACGGAGACGAUUAUUCCCGAAUAUCCAUUUUGGUCGAACUUGCAAAAGCAUGCAGCACCAAAGGGAAACCUCGCCGAUCUGGGCAGAUUGUCUAUGGAAAGUCUUCGCAAGUCCCUGGCCGUCGUCGGAGCCAAUGCGUUGGACCACUUUCUUAGCCAAGAGCCGCUGCAGCAGCUCUUGAAGCAGUCCACAGUGGAGUUUGAUUUCGACGUGAUCGUUUUGGAUUACUUCUACACGGAGGCACUGCUGGCUCUGGGCCACUUCCACCAGAAGCCCAUCGUUGGCAUUGUAAGCACGGACUUUGGCAACUACAUGGAGGCAGUACAAGAGUCCAUGGUGCCGGCUGCAUGCUCCCCCAUUGACUUUGACCACUAUAUUCCCACGUUGGGAUUCUCGGCGAGAUUGGGAAACAUCCGAGAGUGCAUCUCGCGCAGAAAGCGGUUCGCAAAGGAUCACUUUGGGGCACAGGAACAGCUCAUUGCUAAGCACUUUAAAUUGAAAUCCACUGUCCCAGAGCUUCAGGCGAAUCAGCUUUCUCUGCUCCUGCUGAACAGCCACGUGCCCCUGAUGACGCCCCGUCCGAGUGUGCAGCAGAUUGUGCCCGCCGGUGGCCUGCACAUUCGAGGUCCGCGGGAGCUGCCAUGGAAUAUAAAGCGGUUUCUGGAGGAAGCCCGUGCCGGAGCCAUCUACUUGCAGUUGGGCAACGAACAGCCAUGUGGCGAGUUGCCCAAAUUGAAGCUCGAAGCGCUCUUGGCGUUUUUUGCUGCCCGUAAGGAAAGAUUCAUUUGGUCCUGCCACGAUGUGAAGACAUUGGAGGGUCUGCCCAAGAACGUGAUGAUCCAGCAUGCAGUGCCGCAGAUCGACAUCUUGGCACAUCCCCGGGUGAACGCCUUCAUUAUGAACGGUGAUCUGCUCAGCCUGCAGGAGGGAAUAGUUAGAAAUGUGCCGACUCUGGGGCUGCCCAUAUUCCAGAAUGAGCGCCAGAACAUGGACCUGGCAGUAAAGCUGGGUGUUGGUCUGAAACUGGAGCAAGAUAACGUUACCGCUGCUUCCCUGUAUUGGGCAGUAGACAGACUGCUGGAGGAGCCGCAGUACCAGGUUACGAUUCGGGAUGUUUCGCUGGAGUUUCGGGACAGACCGCUUGGUGCCCUGGCCAGCGCCAUGUUCUGGGUGAACUAUGUGGCACGGCACAAGGGGGGAGCUGCGAUCAGAACCCGAGGUGUCGGCAUAUCCUCGACUCAGCUGCACCUCUUCGACCUGUUUUUGUUCUACUUUGGAGUGGCGUCAUUUUUUGUUGGCCUGCUGGUGGCCCUGUGCUUUGUGGCCAUUUUCGUGUGGAAGAAGAAAAUCUCUAGCAAGAACACCAAAUUAAAUUAGUUUUAAGAAUGAAAUACAUUGCAUUGAAUUGUA